CCUCCCCUAUUUCUUGUUACAGCGAUGUCAUAAUGGAACCCAUGACUGCCCUAGUCUUGGCCUUUCAACUUUUGGCCCUCUUCUCCAUUGCUGGAGCUCUUAUCAUCUAUCUCAUCUGCAAGGUACGCGAGGACAAUGUCGAAAAAGCCGAACAAGUCAAAUCGAAUACGGUACUAGUGACCAGUGCCGAUACCGCCUUGGGUCUACAACUCUGCACCCAUUUGGCCAGUAAAGGCUGCCGUGUAGUGGCUGGUAUGCGUGAGGGUGUAGACAGUUUGCCCGCCAAACUUUUAGUAGGUUGGUUGAAAAUGCGUGAAUUUACCGAGGCACCCGUUUCGGGCACUAUUAUACCCAUGCUUUUGGAUGUUACCAAAGAUGAUGUAUUGCGUGAGGCCACCGAAACCAUGGGCUCACAUUUGAGUGUGGGCGAACAGGGUAUAGCGGCUGUUAUUAACACCAGUGGCACUUUCUAUCGUGGACGCAUAGAAUCGCAGGAAUUGUAUCAAAUGGAACAAAUGUUUAAGACCAAUAUCUUGGGUUCUUUACGUAUUGCCAAGGCUUUUGUGGACUUUUUAAGACCUACACGCGGACGUUUGAUUUAUUUGGGUGCCGCCAGUGGAGGUCAGGGUGAUGGUCUAAUAGCCUAUAAUGUAUCACGUGUGGCCACCGAUAAAUGUGUACAAGAAUUACGCCGCGAGUUGCAGCCGUUUGGUGUUAGUGUUGUAUGUUUAGAUACUUGUGGUUUGCAUGCAGAGACGCUCUAUAAACCACCAACCGCCCAAAUCUCCAGCGGUGCCCCCACAACCUAUACGGCCAAUGUUUUAAGUCCCAGUGCAUUGCAUGUGGUUGAGAGAGCUUUAUGGGAUCAAGCACCUCAUGAACGUUAUUCAUUGUUGGCCUCUAAUAAAUAUCAAUUCGCGUUGCCAUGUCGUUCUUCGAUACGUUUGACAAACAAGAGCUCUGAUGUUAACAACACCAAUGUCAAGAAACCAAUGGAACAUCAUAACAAGGGAGAAGUACAACGUGUUUGAAUACAGCCUAUUCGCAUCAGCAACACACAUACA